CUCGUCAGCAUGGUGCAAAAGAAAUUCUCCAUCUACCACAUAACCCUCGCUGGUGGGAUCGUGGCUUCUGCAGGCCUCGCGGGAGCAAGCUUCGCUCCCAAUAUCGUGUGGCUUUCUGUUACUUUUGGAGUGGUACAAGGAGCCGGAAUCGGAAUCACCUUGCUAGGCAUCGCCAUGUACUUGCUCCUUUACUUCGACAAAUACAAGGCCACUGCUACCGCCAUCAAGGAUAUCGGCACGGUCGCAGCUGGUGUCGCAGGCGUCCCUGGAUAUCGCUUCUCGUGAAGGAAUACGGUCUGCAAGGCAGCCUUCUACUAACGGCUGGUUUGAUGAUCCACAUCUUGCCAAUAGUCAUGCUUAUCAAGACACCUCGCCAUUGGCGUAUAUUCAGAAGUAGCG